UCCAGUCUCGAGCACAUGCGGUCUCUGCUGAACGUGCUUUGGACACGUCCGACUAGCAGUAUGUGAUGCACACGGAUCCUUGUCAGCCCAUCCCCACCCUCUGGUCCUCUCGAGGCGCUUGCAAAUGUGACAUCGAGAGCGUUCAUUUCACCGCCAGGAGCCUCGGCAGCGUGAAACAAUGCCCGACGACGUGAAUACAACAGGACCGCCGAUCGAACGGGACACCGGAGCCGCAUGCUUCUGUGAUUGAGCUAUCAACUUGACGACCAUACCGAGUGUUGCCACACCAUCGCCACUCUUCCUACUCCAGGCCACACCCAAUGCGCGCACUGUGGCAAGCGGGAGCGACAGCUCUCGGCGGAUACCAAGUUGAAAAGGUGCAUGGGAUGCUCGGCGGUCAGGUAUUGCAGCAGAGAGUGCCAGAAGGCUGCAUGGCCAGAACACAGGCGCACCUGCGGCUCCACAGGGGACCUUCAAGUUGUGACCCGUGCGGGGCAUGUUGCCUCCCUUGCUCAGGCUCAGGCCGUGAACAACUGGGUGACUUACGUGCACGAGUACGGGCUCGAAACGCUGGCCAACGCCGCCGUACUCGCCAACGGUGGUAUCGCCGCCAACCUGGGAUCUCCUCGGGUCUUGCGCUUGACGUUGGCCCCUGGCGAGGACUCGGGCGACGGAGGAAACCCGGCCUCGGCCUUCCGUCUCGUCGAUAUCUCCAUCGAGCACAAGGACGACGUGCCCGCGAUCACAAGCUGGGAGCAGGUCCAAGCAAACUGCCGCAAGCGAAGACGGUACCUCGGACAGAGACUCCCGGACGUCACCGUCCUCGGCUGCAUCCCCGCGGUCUGCAUUCUCGCGGGCACGACCAUCGCAACGAUCUACACUUUCCCGAUCUACGGGCUUCGGAGCCGGCACAUGAAGGUGAUGCCUGGGUGCAUCCGCGCGGUCUGCGAGGACAUCAUGGCGAUGUGCAUCGAGACGGUGAACAUGGGCCUCGUCCUGCGCCCGUCUCCGUGCGAGCGGUGCGUGAAGUGCGGGACUCAGGAUGGCCCGCCCAGGGGCAGGCUCGUCAAGCUGGAAGAAGGGGGGUGGGACUGGGAGGCUGUGGAUGACUGGGAGUGGGUGCCGGCCGAGGACUUCAAGUCUCGUUCUGGCCUUGACCCUGCGAAGACUUGGAACCUGUAUCAUGCCUCCGAGUUUGCAUACAUAGGACACGGUCGCGACUACGGCGUCUAUCACUUUGCUCUCGCCUCUCAUGUCGGCGACACGCCUUCUCGUUUACUCUGGCGAUGCACCGCCGUCGGGCUCGACUGGCGGCACACAGAUAUACGCAUGAAUCUAUCAGUGCAGACGCGGGGCCUCGUACAGCCCGCCGCAGCCGCCACCGGAUCUCCCAGCUCACGUACAUAUGGAUCAACAACCUCAGCCGAGCCCGAGCCCGAGUCCAGCUCAUCCAUCAGCUCGGCUGUGCUGGAAUCCACAUGCAUAGCCGCACCAGGAUGCUCCCUCGAGCUCAGAAGACAUCGGGAGAAGUCCUCCCGUGCGCUCGCAAGCAGCCCUUUCGAGGAAAAUGCAUCAGUACACGCAGAGCGGGAAUGGCUCGACAACAGCCCUCAUUACAAACUAGCCAGUGCGACUUCGUCUGAGCUGCCAAUGUUGAGCACGAGCACGCUGUUCUAUGCCUCAGCGCAUGGAAUCGGCCCGGCGGGACGGCGUCAUGCGAAGCGUACUCCCACGCCAUGGCUCUCCGACAGUACUCGCUACGAGCUAGCCAGUACCACCCCGCGCGCUCUGAGCAGCACUGUGCCGAUUUAUCCUACGCCUUCUGCGGGCCUUCGGUUUGCGCAGAUACGUGUGAGUACAACAUGGGAGCGCUGUGACCUGCCUGCCGUCGCCAGAGCCCUCGGAAUCGGUCCGGCGGGAUGGUGUUAUGCGAAGCGGACUCCCACGCGGCGCUCGACUCUUGAACUGCCACUCGCACCUCCGGCACGGUCUCUGCAUGCGUGUCAGACGACGCGAUCCAAAUGGGCACCGUUACGCCGAGAAGCUCACCGAAACGCGUACGGCACGAGCUACGACAAAUACUUCGGAUCGGAUGGACACUCGGACGGUGUGCGCUUGUGCGACGGCUAA